GGAAACAAUAAAAUAUUUCCAGCAUUGUUCAAGGAAACAUUUAUUUAAAAGUCUUCAAACUUUUUUCCUUGUUAGUAUUGGUGACAAACCAUCAGAAGAAUUAUUGAAAAAAAGUUGAUGGGAUAGCAUGUGGGGUUAUCAGGUCACUGAAAACCAGGGAACAAGCCCUUCCAUUCUGUAAAAGGUUUGCCCUUUUGUUUAACAGAUUUCGCAGAGUUUUUCACAUGUAAAAGCUCAUGCUUUUGGUAUUCCCUGAUCAUUUUAUAAAAAGGAUAAAUUGCGACUUUGGGUUUUUUUUUCUUUGGCUAGCCCUUACAUGAUUUCCAUGGAAAACCAGCAUUGGGGGCUCUACUUUCUAGCAUUUUGUCUAGUUUUGAAUUGAAGACAUCUUUCAACCUUUUGUUCUUGUAAGUUUUACAUUAUUCUUGUCAUGGAUUGUCCUGUUUUUAUAAGGUGUCCUUGUGCUGCUUACUGUUUAGGAUAUUAUUGUUCCUCAAUUAUUGUUAUGCCUUUUUGUGCUCAAUUAUUUGUCCUUUUUGAGUGACUAUAUUGCCAUGAAUAUAUCAUAUGUUUUCUUUUAUGGGUCUGAAUCAAAACAGUGAAUGCCUGGAAUUUCAGUUCCAGAGGUAAAGAAAGAAACAAGUUCCUCAGCUAUGGAUGAGAAGGGAAUCUCUGGUUCAUAUCCAAUUUUCUCCGAAGACAAAAGGGAUAGCUUGUACCCAAUGUAUUUUGGUGUUUCUUGUGCCUUUUUUGCUCUCAGACUCCUUGCAGGACCCGAAAAGGAAGACGAGAAAUGGUCUGAAUCCCGAGAUAAAAUGCUUCAUGGAAGUGCUCAACUCUUGGGAUUGCUUAUAUGGAGAAUCCAGAGAGAAGAAGCCAAUGAAGCACAGUGCGAGCUUCUCCGAAAGCUCGAGAUUGCUAAGAUAGAGAUCAAGGAGUUAAAGAAAAGGAGACAUGAAGAUGCAAAGGCAAAUGAGAAGGUUGUGAGCAUCUUUGCAUCUCAAGAGCAAGGAUGGUUAAUGGAAAGAAAGUCACUUAGGCAGCAAAUCGGAGCUCUUUUAAAUGAAUUAAGAGUCCUUCAGAAAAAGAAAGACCAAGACAUCGAUGACUUGAACAAAAAGUUGAAUGAAAUGGAGAUGGUGGUGGAGUCUAAGGAUAAGGUAAUUGAAGAAAUGGAGCAAAAGGGGAAGGAAUUAGAAGAAAAGGUAAUGGAAUUUGAAAGUAUUGCGGAAGAGUUGAAGGAAGCUGCAAAAUGGGAAGCUCAAGAGCAUUCUAAUGAGCUUUGGAAGCACAAAACUGCCUUUAUCGAGAUCGUUUCAAACCAACGGCGACUUGAAGCAGAGAUGGGCCGAGCCUUUAGAGAAGUUGAAGCUACAAAGCUGGAGCUUGAUGCAGUCCUAGAGCAAAAAGAGGAAUCAGUUUUGUUGGCUCAAAAUUUGUCCAUGGAAAUCGCGAAAAUGCGGAAGGACUUGGAACAGAAAGAUAAGGUCUUGUCUGCAAUGCUGAGGAAAACUAAGUUGGAUACUGCAGAGAAGCAAUUGCUUUUGAAGGAGGUUAAAGUAUCAAAGACAAAGAAGAAACAAGCUGAACUAGAAACAGAAAGGUGGAGGGCAGUAUCUGAGUCUAAACAUGAGAGACAUUCAUUGAAGGCCAUGUUUGCUAACCAAGCCAGUGCAAAAUUAGAUGCUUCCUUUGGUGCCAAAGAGGUUUCUAACUCUGCCAAAACCAGAUCACUGCCGACUGAUGCCGGUUUCGAAUAUGACCUUUCAGAGUUAAAAACAGACCCAGCGAUCUGUUCUCCUCUUACAGAUUGUAACUCCCCAGAAAUGAGUGAGGAUUGGGCAGUGAUGACAACUGAUGUCAAAAGGUUGGAACAUUGGGUUCAAACCGAAGCGGAAAAGUAUGCAGCUGUCAUUGAGAAGAGGCAUCAUUUGGAACUGGAUGCCUUUGCAGAACAAAUGAGACUGAAAGAUGAGAAGUUAGAGGCUUUUCGUUGGCGGCUACUGAGCAUGGAACUAGAAUCGAAGCGGCUGCAGUCCCAUGCCGAAGGAUUGAACCAGGACAUGUCACAGCUCAGACAGGACAAUAUGAAAUUAGAAGCCUUGCUACUGGAAAAAGAAGAAGAAUUGGAUUCCUUGAAGGAACAGCCUUUGAGUUGUCACAAGAACAACCUAAUAAACUUAACUCUGCAUGAUCCAGCAUUAUUAACACAUGAUACAGUUUGGCCCAAUGUGAAGAUUAUAAAGAAAAAAUCAACGGACAAGGAGCAAGAAACAAACACAACAUUGCUUGAUGAGUCUCAAGAAAUCCCAUCAAACAAGGAGACCAAAAACAUCAGAUUGAUAGUCCAAGUACCCGAAAAGGAAUUCGAAGAACAGAAAGAAAAUCCCAAACCAGAUCCAGUCGAGAAAGAAACGAAUAGUUCGGCACUAGCCGGUUCAGUUGAAUUACCUAGGCAGUCAUUGAGUAAAACCAAAAGUACCCUAUGGAGGAUGGAUCUUCAAGCUCUUGGAGUUUCCUACAAGAUCAAAAGGCUGAAGCAACAACUUCUCUUGCUCGAGAGGUUAACCGGAAAGCAAGAAACUGGAGAGGACACGGAAGGAAGCAGCGACAACGGGAUGAAAGGCUUUCUACUGUCUCUAUCUUUGCUAAACAAACAAGUCAGCCGCUAUCAGUCCCUUCAAGGGAAGACCGACGAUCUCUGUAAACGGAUGCACGACAAUGACAUAGACAUGAACCAAGGAGAUUGUAGUACUACUAAAAAAAGCAAAGGAGAUACUAGAAAACUAGAACAUUACCUUGAGGAGACAUUCCAACUGCAGAGAUACAUGGUUGCAACAGGCCAAAAGUUAAUGGAAAUUCAACCCAAAAUAGUCUCUGGGUUCCUCGGGGUGGAGCUAGAUAAGGUACAUACCAUUGACAUGAAACGGGUCUCCGAUAAUGUAAGAUCUUUGUUUCAGGAAGUUCAAAGAGGUCUCGAGGUUCGUAUAGCUCGAAUCAUCGGAGAUCUUGAAGGGACAUUGGCUUGUGACGGAAUGAUACGUUUUAGAAGGUAAUAUCAUAUCAUAUCAUGUAGGAGCUAUAAUACCAAGUUCUUCCUUGAUCUCUGUAUUCCAACAUAUACAAGUUAGUCAAUACAAUUUACUGCAACAUGAAUAAUUUUGAAUUUUACUUAAUUUUCUCGACCUCCCAAAUGAUAAAAAAUAUGUUAGUAUCCUUCAAAAUGGCAUUAGUUUAAUAGUUCAAUUCUAGAAGUUUAUGAUUUUACCAAAAGAAAACGCUGUAUAAUAUAUGUAGUUGUUUUUCUGAAGAAAUCAGAUAAAUGAAUCUCUUGUGUCCA